AUGUUCUCCAAAGCCCUCGCUGCCCUUGCCUUUGCGGCACCUCUAGUCUCAGCUCAGACCUUCACCAGCUGCAAUCCUCUAGAAAAGGUUUGCCCUGCUGAUCCUGCCUUUGGAAAGGAGACCGUCCACUGCGACUUCACAAAGGGUGCUUGUCCAGCUUUUGAAGAGGACGCCGGUACAUCAAUCUCACACAACGGCAACGGUGCUGUCUUUACCAUCGCCGGACCUAACCAAGCUCCUACCGUUGCCACGGGGAAGUAUAUUCUCUUUGGCCGUGUCGACAUCGAAGUGCAGGCCUCUUCUGGUGUUGGUAUAGUUACCAGUGCUGUUCUACAGUCUGACUGUCUCGAUGAGAUUGACUGGGAAUGGCUCGGAGGUGACAACGCUCAAGUCCAAUCCAACUACUUCAGCAAAGGCGACGUCUCAACUUACGACCGCGGAGCCUUCCACCCUGUCGCCAACCCCAUCGGCCAAUUCCACCUCUAUUCCAUCGAAUGGACACCCGCAGCCAUCAACUGGAUCAUUGACGACCAAGUCGUGCGCACUUUGACUUACGAAGACGCCAAGGGCGGAUCCGGCUACCCCCAGACUCCCAUGCAGAUCAAGCUCGGCACAUGGUGUGCAGGACGUCCUGAUGCUGCUGAAGGCACUGUCCAGUGGGCUGGAGGUAUGACUGAUUUCAGCAAGGCCCCCUUUAAGGCCUACUACAAGAGCAUUUCCAUUGUGGAUUAUGCUGGUGGUGAUGCGCCCACUACCAAGUCUGUUCGCGAGUAUAUCUAUGGUGACCACUCUGGCAACCAUGGAAGCAUCAAGACUGCUUAG